CCUCAGUUCUUUUUGUCUUUGUCUCCAGGUGUGAGAGGGGCUCCCUUCUGGUGUUUUGAAGAGUUGAAUUCCAGAGGUGACAGAUUUGGCAACUGUGUUGCUCAAUAUUGUAGAUUGGAAGACGUUUUGUGUGGGAAGUUAGUCUGCACGUGGCCAUUCAAGUACUUAUUCCUUAGCGCCAACAUGUCUGCGGUUUAUACACACGCACGAGAUGACAUAUGUAUAUCUCUGUAUAGAAGUCAUGGGAUACCCAAGAAGACAAUGACAACAUAUACCUCCCUUAAUGAUAGAGAUGAAACAUUUGUAGAAGACGGAGUUAUCUGUGGCCCUGAAAUGUAUUGCAUGGGGACGGUGUGCAAGGAAAGAAGGUUUCUCACAGAUUUUUCGAUUUGCAAUGUUUCUAGAGAUUGCUCUGACCAUGGGACUUGCAACAAUUUUCAUCAUUGCCAUUGCGAUAAUGGAUAUGUCCCUCCGAACUGUGAAAAAAAAAAAGGACAGUUUGGAAGCAUUGAUGACGGACACUACUUUGUUUCUGGUAAAAGCUUCAUGCAACAAUCUUCUGGUUUUCUUCCAAAACAGCGGCUUCAGCUCAUUUUCUAUAUAUCGCUACCUGCAGUUAUCAUUAUUACAGCUAUAAUUAUAAAGCAAAGUAAACUGAGACAGCUAUGUUACAGAGAAGGAAGUGACAGCAACAGAUCUACAUCAGAAGACAGUAGGAAUAACACCAAGUUGACCACCACUGGAGGAAGCUCAGCCUCGGACCUGCCGGUCACACCAGACUCCAAAAGGAUUCUGACCGUCUUUACCAUGAAGAAGCACUAAGGCGGAGACAGCCCAGUCAGGAAAGUACUGCCAGGUCUUUAAUCCCCGUCUUCUCAGCGAGGUGGUCUUGGUUUCUGGGUUUGAGUACAUCUUUGUGGUCAUCUCUAAGAAACACAAAUUCACCCUUUAAUAAAUAUGGUGACUACCUAUGAAA